AUGGCGGGCGCUCAGUUUCAGCAGGUCGGUGAACAAUUUUGUCAGCACUAUUACCAGACCUUCGACACCAAUAGGGCUGCACUCGGGCCACUCUACGGCGAUAACUCCUGCCUGUCGUUCGAGGGGGAGCAGCUUCAGGGAGCGGCAGCAAUCGUCCAGAAGAUUGCCUCGUUGCCUUUCCAGAAGGUUCAGCACCAGGUCGUGAAGUGCGACUGCCAGCCCAGCCCGACCAACAACGGGAUCCUCAUCUUCAUCACCGGCAAUCUCAUCGUGGACGACAACCAGAACCCGCUGAAGUUUGCGCAGGCCCUUCCGACCCUGGCCUUGGCCUCAUCGUCAUGGUCGUCGUCGUCGUCGUUCACGUUCUAUUCAUCCGUCCUUCGCCUCUCUCGCUCCUUCCUCCUCCCUCGCUUCCUCCGUUCCUUCUCUCUCUAUUCCCUCCCUCCUCCCUGCCUCCCUGCUUCCCUCCCUCCUCCCUCCUCCCGAUUUCGUUUGUACUUCCUCCUUCCUCCUCGCUCCCUCCCGCCUCCUCGUCCCUUCUCUUUCUCCCUCUUCCACCUCGCUAGCUGGACCUGA